GUGGGCAUGAUGUCCACUGGCCCGACAGCUAUGCGAAUGUCCAGUGUGUCUAUAGGAACUUUAAACGUUAAUUCAGUGAUUUGACGGAGGAAAGAAAAGUAAACAUGGUUGCCAUAAGCCCGGUGGCGCACAAACUACUAAACUACGUUCCUUUUUUACUAGUUUUGAUCGAUCUUCGAUACGAAGGGGUUAAUGGAGGGAAGGAUGGUGGUGUUGAGAAUCAUCUGGAGAUGGGGAAGAAGCUUCUGGCUGCUGGACAGCUGGCAGAUGCUCUCUCUCACUUCCACGCUGCUGUUGAUGGUGACCCCAAAAACUACAUGGCGUACUAUAGGAGAGCAACUGUGUACCUUGCCAUGGGAAAGUCAAAAUCUGCAUUACCAGACCUGAGCAAAGUCAUCGAACUUAAACCGGACUUCACAUCGGCGAGGCUUCAGAGAGGAAACCUACUGCUGAAACACGGCAAACUUGAUGAAGCAGAAAGGGAUUUCAAAAAAGUGCUCAAAUCAAACCCAAGCAGCAGGGAAGAGCAGGAGGCACAGAGCCAGCUGAAGAAAUCUGAUGAAAUUCAGAGACUGGUGGGCCAGGCACAGAGCGAUUUCACCCGCAGAGACUACGGCUCUGCUGUAUCGCACCUCGACAUUAUCAUUGAUACGUGUGUUUGGGAUGCGGACUCCAGAGAGAUGCGGGCAGAGUGUUUCGUUCAGUUGGGUGAAAUGGGCAAAGCCAUCAGUGACCUCAAGGCUGCUUCAAAACUAAAAAGUGACAACACUCAGGCUUUCUACAAGCUCAGCACCAUCUAUUACAACCUGGGAGACCAUGAGAUGUCCCUCAAUGAGGUGAGGGAGUGUCUGAAACUGGACCCGGAUCAUAAGCAGUGCUUCAGCCACUACAAGCAAGUUAAGAAGCUCAACAAACAGAUACAAGCUGCUGAGGAACUGAUCCAGCAGCAAAUGUACAGCGAUGCAGUUAGUAAAUAUGAGUCCGUUAUGAAGACUGAACCAAAUGUUCCUCAAUUCAUACUUAACGCCAAAGAACGCAUGUGCCACUGUUUGUCAAAGGACCAACAAACUGCCAAAGCCAUCUCAGUGUGCAGUGAAGUUCUGAAAGCAGACCCUCAGAAUGUGAAUGCUUUAAAAGACAGAGCAGAGGCCUACCUCCAGGAUGACCAGUAUGAAGAGGCCAUUAAGGACUUUGAGAGUGCUAAAGAACAUAGUGAGAAUGAUCGGCAGAUCAAGGAGGGUCUGGAAAGAGCACAGCGGCUCCUCAAACAGUCCCAGAAGAGAGAUUACUACAAGAUCCUGGGUGUAAAGAGAACCGCCCAAAAGAAAGAGAUCCUGAAAGCAUACAGAAAGCUGGCGCAGCAGUGGCAUCCAGACAACUUCCAGGAUGCAGAAGAAAAGAAAAAGGCAGAGAAGAAGUUCAUAGACAUCGCUCAAGCCAAAGAAGUUCUCACCGAUCCAGAGAUGAGGAGUAAGUUUGAUCAGGGCGAGGACCCCAUGGAUCCAGAGAGUCAGCAGGGUGGGGGGCAUCACCACCACCACUUCCACGGUGGCUGGGAAAACUUCCAGGGAUUCAAUCCUUUCGGUUCUGGACCUUUUAAUUUCAAAUUCAAUUUCAACUAAGGCUCGGCUGAAUAGACCUAGGGCCUGGAUAUGUGCUGGAGUCAGCCUAUAGGAACUGGCACCUUCUGAACCCGCCCACAGGCACGGCUUGCCUUCAAACACCUAUCUCACGCUAUCAAGUGAUCCCGUUUGCUAACGGUCAUUCUUCAAAGCAGCUCCUAUACUUUCAGGGAUCUUACAAUCCAGAGCGCAAGGUUAAUAAUCAAGCAAAGUCUGUGAGCGCUGACCUUUUCAUUCCCAAGAAUAAUAUGUACAUAGAAAACAAUGCUAUUUUUUCUGUGAAUCAAACUAUGCUGUAAAUAAGGAAAUAAAGAGAUAUGAAUGCUUAUUUAAAUUUAACUUUAAUGACUUUUUGGUCUGUUUUUACUAUGACUGAAGAGCAUAGCUGUGUUUGAUUAAACAAAUUUGUGCAAUCAAAUGCUUCUAACAUUAAAAUGAAUGAAUUUAAAUCACCCAGUGUAUCAUAAAAGACUUGUACCCC